AUGAGGAAGGAGUCCCCUCGAACCCCGACCCCCACCACCACCCCCACGACCACCCCCUCUCCCACCAGGACACCGCAGUUCCCCCGUCGGUUCAGCAGCCCAGAGGGACCCCCCACCCACAGUGGGGUCUGGUCCACCAACCCCCAGACCACCAUCACCCCCUCCUCCUCCUCUUCCAGGCCCCUCCACCAGGCGACAGCCACCUCCACAGCCACCUCCCCUGUCUCCCCACCCUGGGAGACGAGGUGCAAGUCCCCCGCCGUGGUCAACCAGACCACCAAACCCUUCUCCACAGCCUCUUUAUCCAGGCCUAAACCCUCCACUGCCACCUCACCUAUAUCGCCUAGAUCUCCCUGGGGGUCCCGCUGUCAAUCCCCUAACAUCAACCAGACAACCAAGCCUUUCUCCACCACCAUCUCCAACUCUUCCUCCUCCAGACCCUCUCACCCAGGCACCAUCACGUCUCCUCUCUCCCCCUCACCCCUGUCCCCUCCCUGGGGUUCCAGAUGCCAGUCUCCCAUCGUCAGCCCCAGCCCCAGCCCCAGCCCCAGCCACUCCAAGGCAAACCACCGCCUGUUAGCCAAGAACAUCAUCAAUGCGGCCAAACGUAAAAACAGCCCGUCCCCAGGUGCUCUGAGCGGCCACAAUCUCCCAAUCUCCCCACUAGGUGGCAACCCGACCCACCAGCAUCACCAGGGCUACGACUCCCAGCACCACCACAGCAGCAGCAGCUCCAAACCCCCCUUCAGCCCCUACCAGUCCAGGGCCAUGGGGUGCCAGUCUCCCCCCUUCGCCAGCCCUCCUCCCACCCCUACAGGGGUGAUCCGGUCCCCAGUAAGGCUCUACAACACCAGGUCCCUCACUGACUCGGAUGCUUCGGUGGAGUCGGAGGACUCUGGGCUGAGGUCUCCAGGACUGCAGCGUACCCACAACACCUGUCCCCGGGGCUGGGGCGGCAGCCUGAGGGUGAAGAGGGGCAGUGUUGGCACCGACCUAUAG